GCCCAACUCUCAUGCCAUUAGAAAGAGGAUCAUGAAAAACCUAUAAAAAAAUGGUUCAUGAAAUUUUAGUUCACUCAUAAAGCUAAAGUCCGCCUGCUCUAGCAAAAAACGCCCACUGUGGACCAGGAACUUGAUUUUUCAGAAGCCAACCAUUUGAAAAAUGACUAAUUUUAAAAACAAAACUUUUUCAAUAAAGUUUAUUUUUCUCCAUCCAGUAGAUUUCCCGCAAAAUGUAAGUCAGUGCGUUUUGUAGAGCGCACAAUUCUCUAUAUAAUGAGCUAUAAAACUUUCUUUCACAACCUCAGGAACAUGUUGAAAAAUUGCUUGCAGUUAUUACUAUCAAAGUAAUUGUACUAUCAUUUCUUUUAAAAGUGCAAUCUUUCGUGAAAAAAACACACUUUUUAUAUUAAAUCAAGUACGCUGAUGAAGGUACAAAGCAUUUUACAUAGAUUAUGAGUGUUAAACUCAAGCCGGUGUCUUAUAGGUCCUCUGAUUGCCGUUUUUCAAGUUACUAAAUAGGACCAAUCCGUCUAACAGGACGUACAAUACUCCUUAUUUUUUUGAAGGCUGCUUUAUGUAGAUCAAGAGCAGAAAACAGAGAAGAACAGUGUUCCUCUUUAGAGUUCUGAUACGCACGUAUAAAGAAGAACUGGAAGAACCUGGGAAGCGUUCAUGUCUCAAUGGACGUAUCAAACAAAACCACACGCUAUGAAACAAAGUAGCAUUCAAUACAAAGUACUAUCAACAGUCGAGCGAAUAGUAGACGACUUGGCUGCGUUCACCUAAGGACAUCUCUCCAAACACACAUUAUUCGCAUACUGACGUAAGAGUAUGGCGGCAAAACUCAAGCAUUAUACCUAAAUGUUCUACGAAUGCUGCUCCGUGGAAAGAUUCCAAAAUGAGCACCAACCAGUAAAGCGUCUUUUUUUAUGAAAGCAUCGGAAUUUUCAUUAAAAAUUGUAAUGAAUAUCCUUUUAAUGAAACUUCGAUACACCAUUUGAGGAGUGCUCGACAAGAUUUACUGUUGUUCUACAGAAAAGGGAAAGAGAAAACGAUCGAAGCUAAACAUGUUUUAUUAAAAGAGUAUGCUUACCUCGUGUAUUCUUUAUAUUGUAUUUCUGCUAUCUUGCGUACAUCAAUGAAAAUCAGUUCUCAUUCGCCUGACACUUCUGAUCUCAUUAAUCAUUUUCCGAACAUAUUGCAUGUUGUGUCCUCUAUAUAUCAAUUCAUGAAUACUAAUGACUAUUAUUCAAGGUGAUAUAUUUUAUUAUAAGCUAUAUAUUAAAGAAGCAUAACAGAUUUAUUUGUCCUUCAAAAGAGAGAAUAGCAGUCCAUUAUUAUUAGUCAGAAUAAAAACGCAAACAGCUCAAUUCUAAUUUAGUUAAUUUAUAUAGAUUUAUACAAACAGACGCGUACAUAAGUAAAAACAGAGUAAUAAGGAAAAAAACGUUGAAUAACUAUCGUAUGGAAGAACAAAUCAGAACAAGGUCGUUGACUCGGGAUAGCAAACGCACUUUAAAUGAAGCGAGACCUAAGUUAGAAAAGUCAACUAGUCAAGAAGGGACAAUGAAUGGACAUAGUUAGUCAUUCUUGGAACGGCGGCUGUCAGAGACGUAAAUUGCGGGGAGCGUGGGGGAGUGUAUACCCCCAAAAAUAAAAAUUUGUCCUUUCCUCCCAGCGAAAAUUACAAUUUUUUUUCGUUAUUUUUGGUAGCACAGUGAAAGUUUUUUUCCUUACUCCUCCCCCCAGAAAAAUAUUUUUCGCUGCGCGAAGCUUCAAAAAACUUCUUGCAUCCUCCCAAAGUUGACUUGCUAUUUACGGUCUUGGCGGCUGUUCCAGUCGUCGAAUAAUCAUCGAACAUGAUUUUCAUCACUUAAAAAGAAAAGAAAAAUGAUGCUUAUGUAACUAUCUAUUUAAUAGAGCAAAAAAAGUUUAGUGUAUCGAAUAAUACCUAAUUUCUUUCGCGCUUUUGUUUGGUAGCAGUAAAAAAGUUGCGAAAGCUCAACUACAUUCUUUUUGAAAUAUUUCUCACCUUCCCGUCAGUUAUUUUACACAUGCUCUUGUUUGUACGUACAUAGUACACGACGUUGACUGUUUAUGCUCCAAAUAUGGACUCUUAUUUUUUCACAUCACAGUUCUCAUGCUGCCAUCAGUUUUUUGAAUUACUUUUUUUUCAAAUCCAUAAUAUAGACUGUGAAAAAAGAUUUAUAUUUGAAAUAUACACGCUAUCUUUCUUUUUUUUUUCUUUUUCGUAAAGUGAAAACUAACUGCAAAGCAAAAUUCGCUUUUACAUAUAGCAGCCAAAGUUUAACAUUUACCGUAUUAUAUAGUUAAUUUUCCUGCGAAAAAUAUGUUGUUACUAACUCAGUGAAGUAGUAUAUGGAUAAGACUAAUGUGCCACUGCGAUUCUUGACUCAUAGAGCGUAACUGUGCAUUUUGUACAUGCCUAGUCUAUCAUUUACUUGUACCUUUUUUUUGGUUUAUUUCCUGCAUAACGGAAGCCAUUAAAAAUAAUUGAACGCGUGGAAUGCGGACGUGGACUACGUUCCACAUAUAGAGAAAUUUAUUCACAACUAUUAUUUCAACCCAUACUUUAUUCGCUGGGCGUACGGGUACACUCCGCUUUUCUUACCGAAGUGUAAGCGUACGGUCCUCUUUUUAACAAAAGCGUAAGCCACCAGUAAUUCAAAGUUUUAGUGAAUUUUCUUUUUCAAUAAAACACACAUAUUCUGAUUUGCCUUUAGCUACUGAUCACGAAUAUGACCUUCGUUUUUCGUUUUGAUGGAGUUUUCAGGAAGAAAAACGCAAAAUAUUGAGAAGGUGUCAAAAUUCGAAAACAAAUGACUUUUGAAAAGACGCAUUUUCCCCCUCUUCGUUCAACUUUGCGCGCUUACCAAUAUGAUAUUUGGGUUCCUCGCGUACAAAAUCUGACAUCGAUGAUGCUACGUUGGGUCAACCUAAUUUUGCAAACCUAUCUAGUUUUUUUGGUUGAUACAUAGACCUUCAUUCUUAUAUCAUUCGAAUCGCCGUUUCACGCGCUACAAAAACUCGUAUCGCUUUUUUCGAAAUUCUUUUUGAUUGUUGACAGAAUUCAUUUUUUCUAAAUAUGCGGCGAAAAAGUCCAAGUUCUGCUCAUAACUCUCGAUUUUCUCAAUCAGAACUCAACUUCUAUGUAAUAAAAAUAUCAUAUUCGGAAUCCGGAUAGAAAACUGAGUCGAUUGAUGUGUAUCUCUAUCCUAUCUGAGCACUUUAGUUUUUAUCAAAUUUUCACGUUGCAAACCGAGAUUUUCACCAAAAAAUAUAAAUGAACUAAAGAUUUCAAUAUACACAUUGAAACGCAUUGAAGCAAAGUAUCUUUGGGAAAAAUCGAAAAUUCCAAAUAUUAAAAACUCAUUUCAAGGCGGAUCGACUUCAAACUUUCACCUCCCAUACAAUAGACAGUCUUCUACAACUUUCCUACCAACACUUUUUCAAGGCGGCGUUUCGUGCGCAAAUAACUUGCGCAGGGACUCGACAAGUUCGGUACUCUCUGCCAUUUGCCAUUCGCAUCAACUCCAUUUAUCUAGUAUGCCAAUAAAGAAAGAAAAGGCUAGGUAAAGCGAUGUAACGUACAGAGGAGAUUUGCAUCUUCUCUGCACACAUAUGUUGAGGCUCGAUGGCUCUAAUACCUUCGAGCAAGAGGGCGCUGCAAAUUAUUGAGCCCAAAAGCGUAGCAGGACAUAAUAAACUUUAUAUAGUAAACUUCCUCAAAAUAUAAGUGCUACAAAAGUCAGUCCUCUUUGUCCUCUAUCUCACUUUCAUCAUCUGAGCGAACAUUUGAGAGCAGCUUUUCAAUGUCGAGUGAAGUGGUCUCAAGGAAGUGGAAUGUGGCUUUGUUCUUCUGAUAUUCAUCCUGUUGAAUUCCAUAGUCUCAAUGUGUUUUCCAUGUUCAAUAUAUAAUGCACACCCAAUACACUGAGACUGUACAGCACGCAAAUUCAUAGGCGGCGCGCCGUAGUAGCGAGGGGUAAUAGAAAAUUAUGGGUAGCAAUAGAAAGUUAUUGCUACCCCUAAUAACACAUAUUCUGGGAGUUGUUAGAAGAACGCUUAGGUACUGCGAGACUUGUCUUAUUUUCUUAGACUGUACUUUCAUCGUGUAUGCAUGACAUCUGUUUUUGUCAAAUUUAUCAAAUUCAAGGCCGAUUAGCGUUACACGAUUGGAGAAAAACAAAGACCACUCUUUCGUUUCGCUUCGUGAUAUAGAGAUCUUGAUCAGCUUCCACUGUUUUGUAUUCAAUUCGGUUUCUUUUUGAUUUGGUAAUUAAACUUUUAUAUAUUUGCUAAAUGUCUGAUAGAAAUAAACUCUCAUAUUAUUUUACGAGAAAACCAAGAAAUUUAUUACAAGAAUCAAGUGAUCCAUCUCAUAGUGCAAUUACAAACUCAGAUAUUGUAAAUAUAAAUGAAACAAGUGUAUUAGGUGCAACUUAUAAUGUACCACCGUCUUCAUCAACAACUUCUACUCUUCAUGAUCGAAAUGAAAUUAAUGAAACAUUUACUGAUGAAGUUUUAUUAAUAGCAACAUCAACAGCUGAUACUUUUGAACCACUGACUAAUUGUAUAAAAAAUGAUUCGUUUAAACGAGAUCCAGGUCGAGGACCAGCUCAUAAUAAAGAAUUUCUAUUAUUAGGACCAUAUCAACCAAAUAUAAAAUAUCCAACAAUUAAUCAUCGUCAUUUUUGUUUUAGUUGGUACGAACGGUACAAGUGGCUUGAAUUUAGUGAGAUAACCAAAAAAGCUUAUUAUUUUGUUUGUCGAUUCGCGUAUUCAGAAGGUCGAUUUGAAAGAGGUUUUACUGUAGAUGGUUUCGAUACUUGGUCGGUGGCUUUAAUCAAAUUCAAUAAGCACCAAGUAGCAUCAUCACAUCGAAAU